AUGCCCCGUCGUACAUACAUCACAGAAGAAGAAAAGAAACUCCCUGGACACAAACCCAUGAAGGAUAGGCUUACUCUUGCCCUAUGUGCAAAUGCCAGUGGGGAUUUAAAAAUAAAACCCCCACUGGUAUACCACUCAGAAAAUCCUCGUGCCUUCAAUGCACAUAAUGUGUCGAAGGAUAAGCUCGCCGUCUUUUGGAGGUCCAACGCCAAAGCCUGGGUCACGAGGCUUUUAUUUGUUGAGUGGGUUAAUUGCUGCUUCGGACAUGCAGUGAAAAAUUAUUUAGAGGAGAAUGGUGUUCCUCUAAAAUGCCUCCUUGUGCUCGACAAUGCCCCUGCUCAUCCUCCUGGCCUUGAAGAACAGAUAUAUCCCGACUUCGACUUCAACAAAGUGCUCUAUCUGCCACCGAACACCACUUCCAUCCUCCAGCCUAUGGACCAGCAAGUCAUUGCUAAUUUUAAGAAGCUUUACACGAAGCACCUUUCCAAACGAUGCUUCGAAGUGACAGAGAGCACGCAACUCACACUCCGUGAGGUUUGGAAUAGUCACUACGACAUUGUCCAUUGCUUAAAAAUCAUAGAAAAGGCAUGGGGUGAGGUCUCAAGGCGCACCUUGAACUCAGCAUGGAGGAAACUGUGGGCAGCUGUGGUUGCAGAACGGUGUUUAUAUAUGGGGCGUUGCACGAAUUAA